AGGAGGCGGCGGCGGGCGCUCAGUACCCGCCCGGGCGCCGACCAGCAACGUACGCGCUGCGUGAGUGGGGUUUCCGGAGCCUGCGCGGCUCGUGAGUGGCGGCGGCGGUGACGCGCCGGGCGCUAGGGUCGGCGCGGGCUGAACCGGUCGCUGAAGCCCGUGGUGCAGCCGGACCAGCCACCGGAGCUAGCGGCGCAGUCGGACCAGCGGACUGGCUGGGCUGAGCCGCUGUGCUGCCUGCGGAGCGGAAUCGCUGUGCGGACGCUAGUGAGGCUUCGACGCCAUCCGUCCCGCGGGUCAAGGCCAGGCGCGCUGCGUGUGUCUGCCUGCCGGGGGUGGAGUGUUCGGAGCUCGGCCGAACGGACGGCACUGAAGACAAACGAAACCGAGCUCCGGCCUGUGUGCGGUUGGACCGCCAGUUACCGGACACGUAACGGCGUCAAGUGCUGUUUGUUUGCUCGACUUUGGAAAACAUGACAGGCGCGGUGGGCGCGGCGCGGCUCGCCGUCAGCUGGUGCCUCGUCAGCUGCCUGCUGCACUCGUCAGGAGGGCACGGUCGCCUGUACGAGCCGCCCGGCAGGUCGUCCGCCUGGAGGUACGGCUUCUCGGUGCCGCGGAACGACGACGACCACGCGCUGAACUGCGGCGGCUUCAGCCGUCAGUGGGUGCAGAACAGCGGCCGGUGCGGCAUUUGUGGCGACGCCUGGGACCUCGCCCAGCCCCGGCCCAACGAAGCGGGCGGUAUGUACGGGCGCGGGGAGAUCGUGCGCACGUACGCCGCCAACGCCUCCAUCCCGGUGGGCAUCGAACUGACGGCUAACCACCGGGGCUUCUUCGAGAUGCGCAUCUGUCCGCUCAACAGUAACGCGCGACCCGCCACGCAACGCUGCCUGGACCGCUACAAACUGCAGCUGGCCGACGGCGGCGGCGUGCGCUACUAUCCACAGCCGGCCUGGAACGGCAAGAUCCAACUGCGCUACAAGCUGCCGGCGGCACUCACCUGCCGCCAGUGCGUGCUGCAGUGGCGCUACGUGGCGGGCAACAACUGGGGCACCUGCGCCAACGGCACUGAGGGCAUCGGCUGUGGUCCGCAGGAGGAGUUCCGCGCCUGCGCCGACGUCAGCGUGAUCGACGAGAACGGAGUGUUCGACGAGACGCGCUACGACUGGGCCGAAAGCGAGCUGGGCGGCUCGGUGCCCGAGGGCGAGGCGGCGCUGAUCGCCGAGACGGUGGCCGCCGUCGUGCUGGGCGUGCUGGGCGUGGUGGUGUUCUUCGGCGCCGUCUGCUGCUGGAUCUUCCUCAUUUCCAACCCGACGUUGACGCGCGGCGGCAAGCUGGCCAAACCGAGCGAGACGCGGCCAACGACCGACACCAGCGCCAUCUACGAGGUGUCGUCCAGCGACGGAAGCACUGGCUCGCGCACGGCGCCACAGUUCGCGGGGGACGAGGCGUCACCCGAGCCGCCGGUAGCUCCGCGCCGCAAGAGGGCUGGCAGGCUGGCGCCCGUGGAGGAGCCGGAGGAGGCGACGACGCAGGGCGGCGACGAGGCGUGGUCGUCGCGCUCCACGCCCGUGCUGGAGAUCAGCCGGCCGACGCAGGUCACCGUCAACGGGGUGGCCGUCGUGCCUGACCCCAUACCCGAGGCGUGA